CAUGGCCUAUGAGAGCCUGCGUGUGGAGCAUUCCUGGCCAGCAAGGAAGGAGUCCUGUCAGGACCCAGACCACGAUGAGGAGAACUCUGUGCUCCAGCGCUCCAUCCAGACCCUGCAGGCUGUUCUGGCCUCUGAGCGGGGGAAGCGGGAGGCAGCGGAACAGGAGACUGAGCUGACUGCCAGGGAGAACGGGGCUCUGGAGCAGCGGCUGGCCCUGCUGGAGGGCUGCCGGGCUAGGCAGAGGGAGCUGGAGGCAGAGGUGGAGGAGCUACGGCAGCUGUGGCAGGCCGACUACGCCAACAGCGUCAGGAGACCUGACCGGCUACUGCUGCCCGACACUGUCUUCUUCGCCCCAGAGGAGAAGCCCAGUCUGGUACAAAAGGAGGAGGAAGUGGGGGAGCAGGGGAGGCGCAGCCUGCAGAGGUGCAACAGCGAAAGUGUUCUGAAGGGGACACUAGCAGAUGACAUCCGGCGGGGGCAUGAGCAUACAUGUAUCAGAAGAGCAGAGGCGGUGAAGCAGAGAGGAAUCUCCCUGCUCAAUGAGGUGGACGCCCAGUAUAGUGCACUGCAGGUCAAAUACGAGGAGCUUCUGCGGCGCUGCCAGCUGGGGGCAGACGGGCUCAGUCACAAGGCCGUGCAGACACCCCACAGUUCCCACGGCACUGUCAGUUACCCCCGACGGCGCCUCUCAAGCUCGGCCACCUCCAUCGGGCUCCCAGCUGUCCCCGAAGACAAUGGGCCUCAGCCGGAGUACAAGGCCCUUUUCCAGGAGAUCUUCACCUGCAUCCAGAAGACCAAAGAGGACCUAAGUGAGAACAAGUGGCCGAGUCCGGGUCAUUGACUCUGGGGACAGUGAUGGCAGUAUUUGUUCUUUCUGCACAUUUGAUUGGACUGCUCAAGAGGAUAUUGCUAUAGGAGAGGGCCUCAAAUAGCAGAUUCCAAAGGGUGUGUUCUGUGUGUGUGUGCACUAACACCUGUACCUCUUAUACAACAUGUGCCCUGUUGUCUCCUUCAAUCCUGUCAACGCUAUCACCUCGACACGCUCCGAUGGUUUCAUAAGCACUAUUCUUAUCUACCGUCCAUCCUUUUGACUACUUUCCAUCCUUAUCUACAAGUUUGUUUUUGACGCAAACAUUUCCAGGUCAAAGGUUGAUAAAUGGAUUGUUUGAGUCCUGAUGCUAUCACCUCUUAGCAUCCGACUGCUCUUAUGCCUCAUUUAGCUCGAUUAGAUGGCACCACCUCUUCACUUAAAGUCAAUGGGUGCAGUAAUAUUUGCAACCAGGGGUUUUCUAUUCUUUUGUUUUCUACUAAAUUCAAGUAAUCAUAGCAAUUAGAAUGGUAUGUGUAUGUACCAUAGAUUUGGUCUUGCAGCCUAAUGAGUAUGCCUACGCUGUGUUUGAAAGUGUUUGUUUGUACGCUGAUACCACGUACAGAACCACCAUUGUACAGAUCUUGAACUUGCUUAGACUAUCUAGCAGUCUGUGUUCAAUCCACUUAGUGUUAAGUCUGUCGGGGGAGCCAUACCUUUUGUGCACACUGUACAUAUUGCCAAAUUAUAGAUUUAACUACA